CAGGGAGUUACUUUGUGAAAUUACAAUGUGUGAUAUUCCAUAAUACGUAGAGAGAGAAGUGGAAGAGUUUCCGGCGAAGGUGGGACUCCGCGGCGUCUGGCCAUUGAACACAAUAUUUGUUUGGAUUGCUAAUAUAAGAGAACAAAAAAGAAUAAGAAUGGUAUUUUUAGACAAGAAGCUGAAGAGGAAGCUACGAGCUGCUAGGGCUGGAAUAAUUGCAGUCUUGGGUGCUCAGAAUAAUUCCACUGGCAAAAAUUGUGAGAAUUCCCAGGCUAUUGUGUCAAAAGCCAGGGAUUCCCUGAGGGCUAUCCGAAAUCUAGAGGCACGAAUAAACAGUGAUGUGGAGCUAAAGCUACAACAUGGGAUGAACUCAGAUACUAUAAAGGAGAAGAAGAAUAAGGUGACGAAAAGGAAUGGAGAUGAAAGUGAGACAUCAGAGAGCGUGAAGAAGACGAAAGAUGAAAGUAAGGCAUCAGAGAGCGUGAAGAAGAAAAGCAACAAGAAACAGAAGAGAAAGAAUGGCGAUAAAAAAUUUGAGGCGGAAGAUGGGGCUACCAGGGAAGGAGUUAACCACAAUGAGCAUGGAUCCACUGUGGAGCAACUUGUGGCAAGUGUUGAAGUGAGCACUGGUUUUGAGAGGAAAAAUAUAGAGACUUCUCAAAAAAUUUAUGUUGGAGCCAUUCCAUACUUCUUCAGUGAGGAUGAUAUUAGAAGUUGCUUUGAAGGUUGUGGACCCAUUGCUUGCAUUGAUUGUAUGACAUUUCCAGACACUGGGAAGUUCAGAGGAAUAGCAAUUAUCACUUUUAAGGUAGAUUCUUUGUCUGGCUAGAGGAUAUUUUUUAUUAUUUCUUCUAAGAUUCCAUAGUUUUAGUGUUAUUAGUACUUAGGAUGUGGAAUUGAUCUAGUAAGCUAUAUUGCAUGCUGUACAACAUAUAUGACAGAGAACAGGAAUGCUACUAGAUAGUUUGUCGUAUUUGUGCUAUUGUUACAUUUCAUCUAGCUGUUGAAUUGCACUUUCUGAAAGGAAGUA